AGGAAGCCGUGCUGCAGUGCUGGAAACCGAGUCGAAAGAAACUGCUGGAAAACAUACCUCUCUCUCUUUCAUUUCAUGUGCGACGCUGUAAGUCGUUCUGGCAAAAUAAAAAUCACAUUUUCAAUAAUCUGAACGUAAUGGCGCCCCGCAGAAGUGAUCGAAUUUUGGCGGCCAACCCGGCGUCCCCUGCCGCCCCGCCCUUGACCCGACGCGCUGCGUUCCUCCGCGCAGUGGAGGCCAUAUCCAUAUCCGUUCACGGGCGCCGCAGGACCACCACCACUGCCAGCCAGCGCCGCAGGACCACCACCACUGCUAGCCGGCGCCGCAGGACCACCACCGCUGCCAGCCGGCGCCGUGCAAUCCAGAUCGCUCCCAACCAGCCGCCCGCUGAGGACCCUCCCGUUGUCAACCGCCGCGAGACUAACAGCGCCCGCGUCAACGUGUAUUUGGAUGGUGCCUGGCACCUCAUAGACCGUGGGAACUUCGAGAUGUUAUUCCAACAGCGUGCCGAUCUUGAAAUGCCGGAUGCUAUGACCGCUGGCCGUGGAGCUGCGGCGCCAGAAAAUGUACUGGAAAUGGGCACUGAAUUAGGCGUACGCCGCCUCCGCACGGAGAUGGCGAAAAUGACGAGCGAUCCGACGGACGGGUGCACGGUGGAGUUAGUGGACGACUGUAUCUACGUCUGGAAGGCCGUUAUUCUCGGGCCCUUGGGCACGCCCUACGAGGGCGGCCACUUUGAACUACGCCUUCACUUUCCGCAGACGUACCCGGCUCGACCACCGGCUAUACUGUUCCGUACAAGGGUGUACCACUGCAAUAUUUACCGCCAAGAUAUCUGCGUGGAUAUUCUUCACUCGGCUUGGUCGCCCGCCCUGACCGUGGAGAAGAUACUUUUGUCCAUCCGGUCGCUGCUGUCGGACCCCAACCCCGAGAGCCCCUUGAACGGCGCCGCUGCCCAGCUGUACAAGACGAACCGCGAGCAGCACGACCGCAGGGCACAGGAGUGGACCGCCCGCUACGCCCAGCCAGUGGACUCAACGUCUGAAUAAUCCCAAACAUCUCAUCCACGGAUACACAGCGUUUUCCAAAUUCUUUGAGCAUCUUUGUUGGUAUCUGUCACUAAACACACAUGAACAUGAGCUGCAUGGUAACAUAUACAUACAAUCAUUUUUUGACUGAAAUAAAGACGUAGGCUGUGAAAAUGUUUCGUAGAAAUUGCAAAAUACUUUCGUCAUAUCAUCCGCGAGUUCGUCAAGACGGGGAGCAGUCGGACGGAAGAUCGCCGGCCAUGAUCACUGAGAAUCUUAUUGUGUUCAUCAGACGUCUAUCGCUGCCGGCGGACCCCAAUCCCAAGGCACGACAGUGGACCGCUCGUUACACCCGUUACAUAUUUCUUUAGAAUAUGGAUCCAGCACUUUAAUCGAAUGUAUCCAAUAGAAACACACACAAACACGUGUAUGGCUGCUCGGACUAGUUCCCCAUUGAGCGUUCGUCCAGCAGCAACUACCAUCAUUAUUUUCCACUUUUUGUUGCUAUUCAAAUGUUGAUUUAAAACUUUAUUUUUCAA